CGUGGACAAAAUGGCGGGGGUUUAGCCUGAUCAGUCGGACGGUGUGUACACUCAAGUAAAAAAAGUUUUACAGAGAAAAAAUGCCGCGUUAAGCGUUAAAAGUUAAAACCGCGACUUGUGUGAAUGAUCUGUUAUAAUUAUCAGUGUAUUGUAGAAUAUUAAUUGCUUAGGAAUAUUUAAAAGCUAGUAAUUAAAAGGUGCUAUGGAAUUGUUGUUGGAGUAAAGUUGGAAUAAAAAGUAACUUGGAAUAAAUGUGAUUUUCAGACAUUACAAAACUGUGGUUGCCGCAACGAACAACGACGCUAUGGCGUCCAUCCACUGUGUAAUUUUAUUAUUUCCAAUUUUAAAUUAAUAAUUAAAUAUUUUAUUUAGUUGACAUUCUGCAUGUUUAAUAUUUUUAAUGGCUAUUUUAAAUUACCCAUGAGACUAUCAUCUAACAGGCUCAUAAUUCUUAGGUGAGAUUUUAUUACAUUUGUGGAGCUGUAAAAUGAAGACACGAUGUGAACUAUACGACAUAACUAUUAAUAGUUACUAAUAAAAAGGAAAGGUGAAGAAUAAAUGAAAUAAAAUUGUUUGUGAUUCCACCAGUGGAUGGUCAGUACGCAACAUGUCAAACAGUUUGGAUAGUUUUUUAACUCGCAUAGGAGAUGUUACUAUUGAGCGAGUGACCCCUCGAGGAAACUCACGAUCCUCUGAUCGAGGAGAUAGUUAUAAUGAUAGUAAACCAAGUGGUAGUAAUUUAAAUAGCAGGUCUCUGAGCGACAGGGACUCUGAGGAAACAGGCGGAGAAAGUGAUGGCGAGCAAGAGAAAAAAAAUGAGCCGAUGGCGCCUGAUGAUCUGGAUGAAGUUCAUUCAGAAGGAUCUGGAGAUGAUAUGGAUUUAGACGAAACUAUUGACACUGAAAUCGGUGUAAGGAUGGACUCUGAAAGACAAAACUCAGAGUCAUCGUGUCAGGAUGAUGAUGUAGAGGCUGUCAAUAUAUUGGACACUCUUCCAUUGGAAGGUGCUCCAAUAGAAGGUCAGGAAGUGACAGAAGCAGAUUUACUUGGCAAAUCUCUUAUGAAAGAUGACGAUAUUGAAAGUAUGGACAAUGAUAACAUUCAAUCAGAAACGCAGUCUGGCGAUGAGGAGGAUGAUGAGGGCAGUAAGAGACGAGGGGAAGACACGAGUGAUUCUGAUCCAGUCAAGAAAAAACAAAAAAAAGACGACAGCUCUGAUGAUCCUGAGUGUGAGUUGAAGUCUGAAAAAAAAUUAGCUAAUAUGAGGCGAAACAUCCGGGAAGUAAUGGAUGAGACACAAUUGGACGAGGCAACACUUGCAGCCCAACGUCAGGAAAUGGAGCGGCUGCGUCGAGUUCAGGAACAACAAAAAAUAAUACGUGAGGUACAACGUCAAAUAGCUAUAAAUCGUCAUAAUAAUAAAAAUCAAUCACGCGUAUUAAGUCUACUUCAAGGAAAAAAUAAUGAUAUUAGUACUUCAAUACCUGAAUCUUCCUCAUCUUCAUCAUCGCAGGUUAAAUUGCCGAGCACUGUCCUGUUGAAAGUUAAUUCAAAUAGUGGAUCUGGAGCGCAAAUUUCGUCUGGAGGAUCAGCUGGUCAGAGUUCAAGAAGACCAAUGGAAAGUUCACGAUGGCCAAAAGGAGGCAGAGGUGGUUAUCAAGGUAUGCAAACAUCAAUAUCACGUCUUUCUAAUCGAUCAUCACCUGGACAAACUGUGUUGCAACAGAGAAUCAGGAUGAUGACUCCAUCAGUGAGUAUUUCACCGGUGGUUCCUAAAAAAGAACCCUGUGAUAGGUCUUAUUAUUAUUCAGAUUCUGAUGUUUCGGAAGCUGAAAUUGAUGAUACAGGUUAUGAAAAAGAGUUACAUUCUUUACACAAGAUAUCAAGUACACCCAAGUUACAAAAACCAGCAAAAGGUAAAGAUGUUGUUACGAUCUCUAGUUCAAGCGAGAGCUCUGAUGAUGACUGUAUAGUUCUGAGUGAUCCUAGUGGUGGUGAAGAGACUGAUAAUGAAGACGAUCCUUCUAAUUCCGGGAUGCACACAAAUGAUCGUUACAAUGUUCCUGAUGAGCAUGGCCGUGUAUUGGUCAAUGUCGGUCAUCCAGAUACUGAACCCGACGUCUUUUUAGCUCCUCAAGUAGCUCGUGUUAUUAAACCCCAUCAAAUUGGUGGCAUUAGAUUUCUUUUUGAUAAUAUCGUUGAAAGUAUCGAACGAUAUAACGGUAGUUCCGGUUUCGGUUGUAUUCUUGCACACAGUAUGGGUCUUGGAAAAACACUUCAGGUUGCAAGUUUUUGUGAUAUAUUUUUUCGUUGUACUCCUGCUAAAACAGUUCUCUGUAUUAUGCCAAUAAAUACUCUGCAAAAUUGGUUAGCUGAAUUUAACAUGUGGCUGCCGUAUGAAGAUCCGAAUGCUGUAAAAACUGACGUGCUUUCAAGUAAUCAAAAAUCCGAGUCUAGUGGAGUUGAUGUAAAGCAUGAAGUCAAGGAAGAAAAUUCAAAUCAGACUGAUAUAUCUUCGACUGUAUCAUCCAGGCCUAUAAGUACAGAGUCAGCUCAUCGUUCCGUGUCAGAUAGUUCCUCACAAAUGCCAAUGAUGAUGACCGGAAGUUCAUUUGGCAGUUCAACUUACGAUAGUCACAAUAUUUCGACAAAUUAUUAUCAUAAUGACCCGGUAAAUAAAACUGCUUCGAAUCUCAAUACUCCUAAUCAUCCAGGUUUUGGUAACACACCUCCGAAUCCGAUCUAUCCAAUGAAUUUGGGACAAAUGGAUAAUUUAACGGCCAUGAAAAAAGAAACAGAUUGUCAUAACUCUAGUAAUACUACUCCAGGUUCAAAUACAAGUUACGUAAUUGAUAACAACAGUCAGUCAUCGAGUAACAUACAUGGGCAAGUUGAAAAUUUGAUGCAAGGCCCAUUGUUUCCGGGUGUUGAUAGCACUCAUAAUCCAUCAAUGAGUUCAAUGAUAAAUAAUGAAGCUCCUCAAGUUCCUGGUUACUCGGAUUUUCAGAAUAUGCAGAAUAAUCAGUUCUAUGGAAACAAUUCACAGUCACCAGUGCUGAUGAAAGAAGAAAUAAAAUCAGAAUUUAUGCAUGAGCAUGAAGUUAAGAUAAAAGAAGAGCCUAAAGAAGCAACGACAAAAGAAGAAAGUAUGUCAUCAAAUAAAGAAGAAGUAAAUGAUGAUAAAAAAUCAACUCCCAAAGUAUCAACACCUUUUAGUGUUGACGCAUCUGUAGGAAUGGAAGUACGUCCUAGACAUUUUAAACUGCACAUACUCAAUGACUCACACAAAAAUAUGGCUGCUCGUGCUAGAGUUAUUCAAGAUUGGCAAAAAAAUGGGGGUGUGUUGUUGAUUGGAUAUGAAUUAUACAGGCAGUUGUCGUUAAAAAAACCUAACAAGGGAAAAAGAAAACGUGGCCAGCCGCUCAAAGAUACUAUUGACAUUGAAGAAGAGGAUAAAAAUAAAGGUCUGUUAGAUGAUAUGCACGCUGCCCUUGUAAAUCCAGGUCCUGACUUAGUAAUAUGUGACGAAGGUCAUCGAAUUAAAAAUUCUCAUGCGAGUAUUAGUAUGGCAUUGAAACAGAUGCGAACAAAACGUAGGAUUGUUCUUACCGGUUAUCCAUUGCAGAAUAAUUUACUUGAGUACUGGUGUAUGGUAGACUUUGUCAGGCCAAAUUAUUUAGGAUCUAAAAGUGAAUUUUGUAAUAUGUUCGAACGGCCGAUUCAAAAUGGACAGUGUAUUGAUUCAACACCUCAAGAUAUCAGACUGAUGAGAUACCGCGCUCAUGUAUUACACGCACUCUUAGAAGGAUUUGUUCAACGUCGGUCUCAUUCGGUACUUCAAGUAUCUCUUCCUAGGAAAGAAGAGUAUAUUUUUCUUGUCCGAAUGACCCCGUUCCAACGUAAACUGUACGAUACUUUUAUGAAUCAAGUUUUAAAAACCCGAGCUGUCCCUAAUCCGCUGAAAGCAUUUGCUGUUUGCUGUAAAAUUUGGAACCAUCCGGAUAUUCUGUUUCAUUUUCUUCGUAAACGACAAGCUAAUGAAGAAGACGAUUUAGAUUUAGAAGAAACAAUGGCUGAGAAAGCUAAUUCUGGAGGUAAACGAACUAAAGCACGACAACCUAAAGGAGAAUCUAAAAGAGGUAAAAAAGUAAAUGCUACUAUUAAAAAUAAACCAGCGGCCAGUGUGCCACCAAAUUCAUCAUUGUCAUCAACAACUAAUGAAACAGCAACACUUGAUAAUUCACAGUCUGACACUAAAGAUAAUUAUCACAAUUUUUCUCAACAAAAUAUUAAUUCAAAUUUUACAAAUCCCGGUCAGCAAAAUUCAUACCCUCAAAAUUAUCAAAAUUUCCGACCUAAUAGUCAAAAUAAUUAUUAUCGUAAUGAUCAGUCUGCUGGAGAAUACAAUAAUUAUUAUAAUAAUCAAGGACAACAACAGGGCUUCCCUAAUCAAGCUCCACCAUUUCAAUCUUAUCAGUCAAAUAAUAUUAAUUAUAAUCAAACACAAAAUUAUUCUCAAAAUCAACCACAGGUUUUUAAUCCUAGAAAUGAACAAACUAAUAAUAAUAAUAACAAUAAUAAUAGUAACAGUAAUAGUAAUAGUAAUAGUAGUAAUAAUAAUAAUAACAGUGGUAAUAAUAGUAAUAAUAAUAAUAGUAAUAAUAACAACGGUAAUAAUAAUAAUACACAAAAGUAUCCACUGCAUCAAUCGAAUACUGACUUCAAUAAUGACCAGAGUAACACUAAUAAUUAUGGUGUAUUUCCUAGACACCCAUAUGGUUUCCAAGAGCAAAACAGAAAUUAUCCUCAAAAUUUGAACCAGUCAUUUCCUCAAAAUACUGGACAGCCGUCUAAUUAUAAAAAUUCAGUAUCAAAUCAAUCAGCAAAUAUGUCAAUACCUGAUUAUUCUUAUGGACAACCCAAUCAAUCACAAAAUUAUUUACCUGGAGCUGGAGGUAAUAAUACGCCACAAAUUUACUCUCAAAAUCAAUCAGAAAACCAAUCGAUCCAAAAUCAACCAGUAGGUUACUCUGCAAAUCAACAAAAUCCGACUUCCCAACCACUUCCGUCUCAAACUGGUUAUAUAGGCAACCAAAGCGGUCAUAUAAAUCAACAGAAUACAAAUCCAUUGAUACCAAAUACAGGACAUGGAUACCCUGCGCCAGGUCGUAUGAACCCAUCAACCCACUCGACUCAAAAUCCACCGCAAGGAAAUAAUUUAAAUCAGAUGACUUCAAAUUUACCCAAUCAAACUCAACCGCUUUAUCCAUCUAAUCCAAUUAAUUCUUCUAAUCAGUCUACGUCAAGUGCAAUGCCGCCGAAUCAACCACUCGGAUACAUAACCAGCCAACAACAAAAUCAAACCCAUGGAUAUCAAGCUUCGCCACAGCAAAAUCAAUAUACUCAACAAGGACCAGCUUCGUAUCCACCAAAUCAACAGCCACCAGGUCCAAUUCCACCAGCGCAAGCUCAUGGUUAUUCACCAGCUGAUCAAGGAUCCUCACCUUCAAAACAAGGAUACCCACCAAACCAUAUUGUCCCAUCAGGAACUCAAGGAAAUUCUUAUCCACCUCUACCCCAGCAGUGUCAGAUGCCGCCAUCAGUCAAUCAAAGCCAUAUUUACUCGACAAACCAACAAGCCCAACUGUCUUCAACUCAAAAUCAAUCACACAGAUAUUCCAGCAGUUCUCAAAACCCAGGUUCAUUGCCGCCCAAUCAACCCAUGGGUUAUACUCCUGGCAAACAUUCUGCAGCCCCUCCUAUAGGGCAAGAAGACCAACAAAAUUUAACUGAUAAUUAUCACAAUCAAACACAGCAACAAAAUUCCGAGAUUACUAAUUAUCCUACAGACAGUAAUAAUCAAAAUCAAUAUAAAAAACAAGGUGACAAUUAUCCAUGGCAAGGAAACUACCCUCAGUCUAUGCGACAAGACCAGUGCAAUAAUCAGUAUUUCAGAGAUUCAAAUCCAAAUCGUUAUGAUAAUAAUUAUUUUCCAUCACAGCAAAAUUACGACCAAAAUUCGUCUUAUGAUUACAGUGCUGGUAACAGUGGAAAUGUUAAUAUUCCAUCAAACAAAGAUGGUAUUACCCAGUCAGGAUUGAUGGGUCGUAAUCAAAAAAUUAACAGCGGCUAUGAAAAGAAUCAAAAAGAUGUGGGUGCUAUUAAUGCUGGUAUACAAAAUCAACCUCAGUCACAAAAUAUUAAUUCAAAUACAAAUUAUACUGGUAGCAAUGACGGCAGUAAUGUUUCUAAACAAAAUUUAAAUCCAUUUCAAGGGGUUAACAAUUGUCACAAUUCUUUUGAAUCAAUAAAAGAAGAGGAUAAAGACAAAGAUGAAAUAUCACAAUUAGAUAAAGACAAAGAAGAUAAAUCAGACGACGAAAUUUUGGCGAAAGACGAAGAAAAGGAUCCGAAAAAUUCACCAGCUGGAAAAGAAGACGUCGGUAUACCGUACGAGUGGGCAACGGAGCUUAUGAAAGGAUACGUUCCAGGAUUGAUUGACGCUUCUGCAAAAAUGUCACUAUUUUUUUGUAUUCUUGAAGAAGCGAUUCUUAUUGGCGAUCGUGUUCUAGCUUUUUCUCAAUCACUUUUCACGCUGAAUCUUAUUGAAGAUUUUUUAGCUAGAAAUAAUUUUAAAUAUGCUGAUGGUCAAACAGAUGCGUGGGUUAGAAAUGUUAAUUAUUAUAGAUUAGACGGAAGUACAAGUGCAUUGGAGAGAGAAAAAUUGAUAAAUGAAUUCAAUCAAAAUCCAAAGAUUCAUCUCUUUUUGGUAUCGACACGAGCCGGCUCGUUGGGUAUCAAUCUUGUUGGAGCAAACAGAGCAAUAGUAUUUGAUGCUUCAUGGAAUCCUUGUCAUGAUACACAGGCGGUGUGUCGUGUCUACAGAUAUGGUCAAAAAAAACCUUGUUAUGUAUAUCGGCUUGUUACUGAUAAUUGUUUAGAGAGGAAAAUUUAUGACAGACAAAUAAGCAAACAAGGAAUGGCCGAUCGUGUUGUAGAUCAGUGUAAUCCAGAUGCACAUUUGUCUUUGAAAGAAGCAACAACUUUAUCAUGGGACUGGGAAGAGGAUAGUCAAGUUCAAGACUUUUCUUCGGCGAAAAAUGACUAUACUGAUGAAAUAAUGCAUUGUGUUUUGGAGCGUCAUUCUUCAUUACUCACAAAACAACCAUUUCAUCAUGAAAGUCUACUUGUUGAUCGAAAAGAUAAAAAAUUAAGCCAAGCUGAAAAACGUCUUGCUCGACGUGGUUAUGAACUUGAAAAGAUGGCAGCUAAUUGUUCUAAACCAAGUUAUAAUUAUGUUCCUGGAAACACUGCAACUCGUGCUGGUGGAUUACAAAUACGAGCUAUACGUGGAGGUGAUACAGGUGUUGCACCAAAACCUGUUGCAUCAGUUAGACCAAUGCAACAACGUGGUGCUGAAAAUCUUGGAACUCGAGGUAUUGUUGGUAGCCGAUGGAUCCCUGCAGAAGUAUGGCAACGACAAGGCAUGAGUGCACAAGAAAUGACUUUACCAUUAGACGUCGUCAUUCCAACAAAUUCACCAGAUAAAAGUAGUAUUGUAUUGAAGUCUGGCCAACGAGUGAUGGUUUUAAAGAGUCCGAAGGGAAUUUAUAUGCAAUUGGAGUCCGGAAAAAUAAUAGCUAUUCGAACUGCAUUAAAAAUAAAUCAACAAAAACGUGAAGAAGAACCAAAAAAAGCAGCCCAAAGAAAUAUGAAACCAGAAGUUAGUUUUCCAUUGAGAAACAAUUCAGCGAUUUCAAUAAUUCCAAAGGUAGGCGGUAAUUCAACACCAGCACCUCGAAUACCACCUAGACCGAACAGUGGUGUGGGCUAUAGAUCACAAUCUGACAGAGAAUUGACGAAACGAUCAAGAGCUAUUCCUACGCCUGCCACGAAAGUCAAUUUGAAUAAUCAAGUAUCACUUCAGCGAAUCGCAAAAGGUAAACUUGAUUCACUGGAUCAUUCAUCUGUUGGAGAAAAUUCAAAUUCGUCAGAUAGUCAACCACGUACGGAUCAACGGGUUGAAGAAGUUAGAUUAGAGGAUAUAGUAGCUGAAGCAAAUUCAAAUCCUGCUUUUAGUCCUUCAAAUCAAAGUCGAACAACUAAUUCAGAUACUGAAUCUGGGGUACAAAAAAGAUUUGACGGAAAGACACACGAUUAUGGAAUGAGUCCGAUGUCAACUGGUAAAUCAAGUGAAUGUUUACAAAGUCAACAUGGUGAUAUUGAAUCUGAGAUUAUUUCUAAAGACGAUAAAACUUAUAGAGCACCAUGUGAAUCUAAAGAAUCUGAAAGUUCGUUACCAAGUUCAAAUUAUCAUCAUCAGUAUUCAGGCCAAGUAAAUAAAAAUGAUAAUGACGAAAUAAUUAUUGAGGAACCAUCUGAAAUUCCAUCUCAAUCGCCGUCACUUUCUAAUCAAUCGAUGCAACAGCAACAACAAAAAUUGCAGCAACAAUCUUUACAGCAACAAAAACCACUGCAGCAGCAGCCGCUACAGUCACAACAGUCGGUACAGCAACAACAGCCGGUACAACAGCAACAUCAGCCGAUACAACAGCAGCUUCCGUUACAGCAACAACAGCCGGUACAACAGCAAUUGCCAAUGCAGCAACAACAAUCUAUACAGCAACAACCACUGCAGCAGCCGUUGCAGUCACAACCGCUACAACCGCAACCACUACAGUCACAGCAACAGCAGCACCAGCACCAGCUACAGUAUCCACAACAUCCCCAGCAACCGCCUCAACAACAGCAACAACAACAGCAGCCGCAACAACAUCCUCAAGAGAUUCAUCCAACUCGGUCACUUUUAAGACCUCAAUCUCAUAAUCAGAAACCUUCUGAAAUUUCAAAGAACUUAAUGGACUCUAGUGAACCUUCAGUACCUGCAUUCUCUGGUACGAAUGUCGCUUCUGUCAAAGAUCGAGCUCCAGAUCUACAAGAAAUUCCUGCAGGAGAGUCUCAUGCGCUCCCGCAAGCUUAUCCAUAUACUCAGUAUCCAAGAUAUUAUGAUUAUCCAGAUCCACGAUCACGAAGUAUAACUGCACCCUACGGAUCUUAUUUUCCGAACGUUUCACCAACGCAUUCAACAAAUCCUCGGCCAUCGGAAGUAACAAAACUGCAACCUGAAGUAGUUAAACCUACAGAAGAAAGAAUGCCGAUACCGACACCUGCAGUAUACUCUCAAUCUCCAAGUACAGUUAUUCCACCACUGCCUCCUCCUAUUGAAUCAAGUGAAGCCAAAAAUCCGGAUGCUAUAUCUACGAUCGCGAUUCCGACAACUACACCAAGUAGAACUGAUCCACAUAUAUCAACAGCUUUUAGUCAUCCAUCUAGCAACAGAUACACGGGAGCUUAUCCAUCAGCACCAUACAAUCCGUACUCUCAACACUAUCCAGCCGCUCCGAAUUCAUCUGGAUCUUAUCCACCUAGUGGAGCUCCAGGAUACGCAGCCUAUGGUGGACCAGCUUAUAAUGCAGAUUACGCUCAUAUGUAUUCAGCAUUUCAUGGCCCUCCUCCUGCAGCAGAUCCUUACAUACAUCGCGGUUACGCGCCAUCACCUUCAACUCAUCCGCCGAACUACUAUUCGCCAUUUUCUCAUCCGCCGCCUCCUCCUUAUCCUAAUUAUUCAUUUUUACCACCAUACCCAAAUCCGAAUAUGCCAAAUAUGCCUAGUGAGUCGCAACCACCUGCUCAGUAGGAUAUUUUUGGUGUAACUUAUUUAUUUUAAAGUGAAUUUCUGUAUGGGGGUUAACCAGCCCUCGUUGAAAGAGCGCGGAAAUUAAAAAAUGAACUGAAGCUUUAAACACAUCUUUGUAAAUGGUUGGUCACAAAUAAUUUAUCUUGGAAUAAUAUGAUAUGAAAACGAUUUUGAUAAUAAUCAUAUACAGUGCAAUGUUUCUUCAAAAAUUUUAAAUAAUUUUUGAUGAAAUGAAUUUUUAAGAAAAAUAAAUGAUUUGCAUUUUAUCGUCAAUAUAUAUGUGACAAUUAAUGAUCAAGUAUUUUAUUAAAACUACUAAUUACUCGAUCAUAUUAAAUGUAUUGAACUUACUUCUAUCAAUUGUUCUGCAUAGAUAAAUUUAUAUGCAAUCAUUAUUAUUAUUAUUAGUUAUUAUAUUAGUAU